CAUGACAAUUUUAAAUUUCUAUAUUUUAUUUUUGUUUGGUCAGAAAAUUCCUGUAAUUCUCUCGUCCAGUUUAUGACAACAACUGCCAGCGAAGAUUCCAUGUGAGGUUCGGUGUUCACUGGUCUCAGAUUGUUCUUCUUCUUAACAACUCACAAUUUACUCUGGCCUGCCCUGUUUCACCUCAGCAGAGUUGCGUUUUGCAAGACGUUGAGGCCUUCACACUUUUUAAUCAAAACCCAUCUUUUUUCCAUUGAAAAUCAAUCGGUUGAAACAUUACACAGAGAGAUAAGUGGGUCAUCUCCUAAAAUUGUUGUUAAGUAAGAGCUUUUUGUGCAAUUCUGUACUGCACACAAUCUGUUUGUGAGAUUGACCAAGAAAAAAGAAAAAGAAAAGAAAAGAAAAGAAAGGGUCAAUCUUUAAUUGAAGAAAUAGGUGACCUUUUAUGGGUAAAGGAGGAGGGUGUGUACCCAGCAAGAAAAGGUCACCUUUGGGUGAAUCUGAUCAUGAUGAGCCAAACCCAGUAGUUGAUGGGUCAGUCCAAAUUGAGGGUCAAAGCCCUAGCACUGAUGCAAGAGUUCCACUUCAAGAUGGGGCUUUGCAAGCAGUGGAAACGAAUUUGAGAGUAUUUAUUGUGUUCUAUUCAAUGUAUGGGCAUGUGGAGAGUUUGGCAAGGAGAAUGAAGAGAGGGAUUGAUGGGAUUGAUGGGGUUGAAGGGGUUUUAUAUCGGGUUCCGGAAACAUUGUCACCUGAGGUUUUGGAUCAAAUGAAGGUGCCCCCUAAGGGGGAUGAGGUUCCAGUGAUAUCGGCUGAGCAGUUGGUGGAGGCUGAUGGGUUGUUGUUUGGAUUCCCAACUAGGUAUGGGUGUAUGUCCGCACAAAUGAAGGCAUUUUUUGAUUCAACGGGGCAGUUGUGGAAGGAGCAGAAGCUUGCAGGAGUGCCUGCAGGGUUCUUUGUGAGUACCGGCACACAGGGAGGCGGGCAAGAGACUACUGCUUGGACAGCAAUCACCCAAUUAGCCCACCAUGGUAUGCUCUAUGUGCCAAUUGGAUACACCUUUGGAGCCGGAAUGUUUAAAAUGGAUUCUAUCAGAGGAGGCUCGCCUUACGGUGCAGGAGUUUUCUCUGGGGAUGGCACCAGGGAACCAAGCGAAACUGAGCUGGCCCUUGCGGAACAUCAGGGCAAGUACAUGGCUAUGAUAGUUAAGAGGUGUUCGGUGCCUUAUUCACUCGAUCCUGAUCACAGCACUUGAAAUUAGCCCUGUUAAACCAGCAUAUAUAGUCCUCCAACUUUUAUUCUUCAUUGAAAAUAUAUAGUCAUUGUGUGUAUGGUGUUCACAUAGCGUGUGUUGAUAAGAGUUCAGAUAGCCAAGAAGCCUAUCCUUUUUUAGCUUGAUUUUCUGUUCUCCCAUUUUUCCGGAUGCUGGUACUGUUGUCAAAAGUAAGUUUGUAUAUGUUGUGGUAUUCUUCUGUUUUGAAUGUCUUAUUCACAAUAAAGUUGUGGGUUGUGUUCUCUUGUACAA